UUUAUCCCCGUUUCUUAAUCCCCCUUCCUCUCCCGUUAGAAGCAUCUUUAAGAAAUUAAAUGAAACAGUCAGAAGCAUCUUUAAAUCUUACGCUUCUCCCCCGUUUCCAUCCGUCAGAAACGCUUCUUCCUUCCUCCCUUCGUGCGCUACUUCCUCUCGCCUCGCAUUCGUUUUUUUUUUUUGUCUCAUUGAAAUCGGUGGCGGUGGGGGAGAAAGGAAAGGAGGAGAGUAGAGCGAUGGGAGCGGGGUCGAAGCGGCCGAUCAACACCGUGGUGGGAUGGGUGACGCGGCAGCCGCCCAAGAUCAGGGCUUGCCUCUGCGUCGUCGUCAGCAUCGCCGCGCUCGUCUUCCUCGGCCUCGUAGUUCAUAACCACGACAACCUCUUCGUCGCCGCCGAAGCUGCUCACGCCGUCGGCAUCUCCGUCCUCAUCUAUAAGCUGGUUAAGGAGCGGACUUGCGCCGGGCUUUCGCUUAAGUCUCAAUAUUUAACAGCUUUAUUUUUAGCUGUAAGACUAUAUUGCAGCUUUAUUUUGGAAAAUGACAUACAUACAGUGCUAGAUACUGCAACACUUGCAACUACUCUUUGGGUAAUUUACAUGAUUCAAUAUAAAUUAAAAUCAAGCUACAUGGAAGACAAGGACAAUUUUGCAAUUUACUAUGUGAUUGUUCCUUCUGUCCUGUUAGCUGUUGUAGUUCAUCCUUCAACGGCCCAUUUUAUUUUUAAUAGGAUUUUCUGGGCAUUUUGUGUUUAUGUGGAGGCUGUUUCAGUGUUGCCACAGUUACGUCUUAUGCAAAACACUCAGAUUGUCGAGCCAUUCACAGCUCACUAUGUAUUUGCAUUGGGGGUUACAAGAUUCCUGAGCUGUGCACACUGGGUCCUAAAGGUUGUGGAUACUCGUGGAGGCUUGCUGACUGCUAUGGGACAUGGUUUGUGGCCACCUAUGGUUCUUAUUGCUGAGAUUGUUCAGACCUUUAUCUUGGCAGAUUUUUGUUACUAUUACGUGAAGAGUGUAUUUGGUGGCCAGUUGGUGUUGAGGCUUUCUUCUGGUGUGGUAUGAUCUUCCAAAGAAGCAAUUCAAAUUCCAGAUGAUUUUUUUUCAUACUUGUCAUGUUAUAGAGAAUUUAUUUCAACAUUUGCCAUAAUAAUUCCUACUUCAAAAAUAAUUAUCUUGGUUAUUUAAGUAGGAAAAAAAAAUCCUUUCCUCUAGAACAUUUUAAUACAU